AUGAAUGACGAGUAUUUUCCAGGAUACAAAGCUAUUUCAUCUUAUCUUAAAAAAUACGAAGAUCCAACUUAUCGAAAUUUUUUAUAUCUCAAUCGAGAUGUGAUGAUUAAUUCACCCCCAUUUACUGAUGAUUGGAGUGGUCUCGAUAGCGCUUGGUCAAAUCGUUUUAUGAGAGCCAUACAAACUCAUUUUUGCAUAAUUGCGCUUCUUAAUGGUCAACGUGCUGUUCAAGAAGUAUCUGGUCAACGUGCUGGGCAAGUUAAAGCUGAAUGUCGAAACGGUGGAUUAAAAUUAUAUUGGGACGAAAUUAUACGUGAAAAGGAGAAGAUCUCGGUUAAGGAAAUACAUCUUACUGGCAGUCUCAAAUUACUAGGUGCCUCUGGAAAGAGAAAUAUUCAAGAGUUAUUAACUGAUGGGACUAUAUUACCAAUACAAGACGAAGAAGAUCCUCCAAAGGCCAGGACUAAUUCUACGUCUCAUUUGUCUCAUUGUAUCUUAAUGAUAUGGUACAGACAAAAACGUUUAAUUACUUAUUUGGCGAAUUUACUGACUCCGGCGAGACUACAUGUCCUUCCCCUUCCAUGUCUUCUCAAUUCAGAAACCGAUGUUUCUGUGAACGAAGAAGAUUCGGAAACAAGUAACUUGGAUACAUCAGAUCACGAGGAGACGGAUGAUGAAAAGGAGGUGGAGACGGCCAACAAUAAAGAGGCGAAAGAAAAUAAAACUGGACCAUUCAUGCUAAGAAAGGAACACCGACAGAUGAUUGAACAAACAUACAACAACAUGAAAAAAGAGAGAAUGUGGAAACUCUCAACGGAAAGAUUUGUCGAAGAAGAAUUGUUCAAAUUAGGGAAAAAAUUAAAAUAUGAGCACGCUAUUCAUUCUUUCAUUCUAGAUGUCAGUGAUGAGACAAUUAAACUGCAUUUCAGUAAGGAAGAACGUGAUGAAAUCGAUUCCGCACCCGGUCCACAGGUGCCUGAUAUUUCGGAUGAAAUAAAUGAAUUUCUGAUGGAGUUCCUUGACAAGUCGACAUUGAAAGAUAUUCGAAAGGUUAUAAAAGAAACGAUGUUUGAUGAUAAUUAUGACCGCGAAAAAGAUCACGAUAAGGAUUACAUUAUUUAUGCUAUAUAUUCAUUGUUAAGAGAAAUUGAAAACAGAAGCUUGAAAGUAGCUAAUUUUGAGGCUUGGUUUAAUUGUCACGUGUGGAACCCAAUCUUCGAUCAAGCCUUUGGUGAUAUGGAUAUGAUAUCCGUCGUUAGAGGAGAAAGCGCAAGCUUGGCAUCAGGAACGCGAAAGAAUGCGAAAAGACAAUCGGGAAAACGGCGGAAAAUGGGUCGCAGAGGCGACUGGAUCCUAAGGUUCGUCAGUAAUGGUGAGAAAGAUGAGUUUGGGGCCGGGGAAGCCGGGAAAAGUUGGGUGGAUGAACAGGGAACGAAAUUUCUCAAAGAGGCAGGGUUAAAGCUACCCAAAACCCUCAAAGAUAUGCUGGUAAAAUUAAUGGCAAAAACACGUUGGGAUAAAGAGAGAUGUGCGAAAAUUCAAACGGUUGGAGCAAUCCACGCUGGUUUGAUGAUUAUGAUGGUAUACCUGGACAACCCGGAGGGAUACAUCUGUAGGAUCCGACGUAGUGAACCAAUGGAAGUUCCAGAUAAUGCAGAAGAAUUUCCUGACAUUUUGGACAUUUUAGCAUCGGUUUUAAAUAUAAAGGCUGUGGUUCGAGAGACGAUGAAGGCGGUACAUACAAAAAAACAAACCACAAAAUCAUUUAAAGGAGCUGGGUUUCGAAAGCGACCAUUAAACGAGGGUGAGUUCCAAAUAUCUUCGUGCUUAACAACACCUAAGAAGGCUAAAACAUGCGCAGAAGCAAAAGCCCAGGAUUCAUAUCCAUCAUCGCCAUGUCCUGGAUCUUCUGAGUCCGAAUUACCAUUAAUAUAG